UGAUAACAUUGUUUCGUGAUGUUGAAUCACUAUGGACUGUAUAUUUACAUGGGAGAUCAUUCCAGUGCUAGAUCGUUCUUAAGGGGACUCCAUGUGUGGUUAUUCAAUGUAUGACAACAGUUAUGACUGAAAGGGAUGAUAAAUGCAUCAUGUAAUGUGAACAGAAACGGCACAAGACCACCGGGCCAUGUUAGAACAGAGGCCCCUCAGCCCCUCUCUGAGCCGGCACAGUGCAUGUUUGCUUGCAGUCGAUAAGGCUGGCUCAACAGAAUCACAGUGCCUCGAGUUCGUGGAAUACAUGACAAGUCUCCAGCUUUAUCGCAAACGUACCUCAGGUCGUACUCCGUACACUCAGUGCCGCAUGUGUUUUUCGCCUCGAGCCGUGUGUCCAGUGUCCUCAGGGCCGCAGAUAGUGGAGUCGACCAGCUCACACACGUCAACCCGACUUGACCGUCCGUCAACCACCACAUCCACCCAAUUGAAGAGCCAUCAUCCUCCCUCUUCUCCCCCCAGACAAGACUCGUAUCUGUAAACCCAAAACCCAAAAAACACCACUCACCUUUCUCCUCCUCUCAUCUUAUUCUCACCUCCAGAGUGGCAUUUCUCUCCGAGACUUUAUUCUGUAACAUCAAGUCUGGCCUCAUCUGCAGCACAGAAAGAUAUCCUUAGACCGCAUCAUCUCUACACCGUAAAUACCUACCUUACCUUACCUUAAUCGAUAACCCGCUAUCGCUCUCGUCAUCAGUUCAUCGCCUUCUCGACUUUCGGAGAGAAACAACGACCCCGCCGCGCCCGCGCCUGCCCGCUGCCUUCCUGAUGGCGUAGGUCGUCUGGGCAUGGCAGAACGAACAUCGGCAGGUGAUAACGAAGUGCGACUUCCUUCUACCUCGACAACCUCAACUGCCAAUCUCUCUCCCGCUUCCGCCGCUUCUUCAGCCCAUAGGUAGGGUCAACCCUUUUAUCCUUCCCCCGUCUGUUGUCCGUCCAUCUUCAUCCUUGACUUCUACUGUCACUCAACUGCACUGCACUGGCCUACGUUUGCUUCACUUCACAUCAUAUCGCUGCACUUCACUUUUCAUUUCUUCACCUCGUAUCAUCUGCCUUGCGCCUGCGGUUGCGUCUCCAUCUCGUCUUGUCUGUUACUCACCCUGUCGCUCCGCUCUUUGCGUCGCUCAAACGGGACAGACACCCUCGUCAUCCCAGCACCGCCGCUGCUCUGCUACGUUGCUGAUUCACGCACAUCGAGACAAGAAACCGCAAAACGCAUUUCGCACUCCCCAUGAAACUUGCACGCACGCACGCCUGUUUUUAGUCAACUGCUGUUUUUGUCCACCCAGACUUUUUUGACGUUGGCCCAAAAACUGUCUUUCAGCUAGCUAUAGCUGUUCAAUAGCCUUCUUCACUGACAAAGCUCUGUCAUCCUUGGCCACAACAUAGGCUUUUGUAGAGCAAACACUGUCUUCGAAGUAUUUGACUUUUCAGCCACGGCUCGUGCUCGUGUUUCCUCUUUCUCCUUCUUCUCCCUCCAUCCUCCGUGCAACAUCCGUCAACAUCAUCUCUCACAUCUUCCCCAUUAUUUGCCUUAACGCAGAUGUAUCCUCAAGCUCACGACAAUUAUGUCUUCUAGAAUCACCAGAUCUUCGGCUCGUCAAGCAGCGAGUCAGGCAGCCCAAACUAACAAUAUUGCUCCUGCCGCUGCUGACGUCCCGGCCAUACCCUCCACUACUCCAUCCACACGCAAGCGAAAAGGGCUCGCCGCCGAGAAGAGCCCCAACGACGCAUUACCACCCUCUGGGUCUUCAGGUCGACGGUCCAAGAGACAAAAGAUUCCCGAAGCCGUUCCACCUCCAAACGCCAACAAUAACAAUCACAUCACAUCCCGAUCUCGGCGAAAGGGAAAGCCCGCUGUUGAUAUGGACAGCCCGGAUAACAACGUACCCGGAUCUGCGCAUCCUCUAGAGCCCUCCAUCCCCUCAGGGUCUUCUAGCAGAAAAUCGAGCCGUUCUAAGAAGACCACGGGACCUCCAUCAGAAACCACAUCUGGUACAACUUUGACCACCCGAAGAUCGAAACGGAAUCUUGACAGCGCAGUUGAUCAAGAUACACCGAUGACGGGUACCGACGAGAACAAAGACCCAGGACCACCACCACCCCCUCCUCCUCCCAUCGAUCACCACGACGAUGACGAUAGCGAAGACAAUGAUGAGGACGAAGAUGAAGAGGGAUCACGAAGGUACGACGAAGACGAAGACGACGAAGACGAUCCUUUUGGCGGAUUUGGUGGCCCUCCAGGCAGUUUAUCCAGCACACUUAGAGCACUCACAGGGAUGAUGUCCGGCCUAACAUCUCGAUUCCGGGAGAUUCUUCACAAUCUGCGAGUUGAUGAUCUCUCAGUGCAGCUAAUAGCUCUGCAGGAGCUAUCAGAAAUACUUCUAGUUUCCAACGAAGACAACCUCUCUGGCCACUUCUCUCCCGAUGCGUAUGUUAAGGAGCUGGUUUCCCUCAUGAACAAAGAAGAAAGCCCCGAAAUCAUGUUGCUCGCGUGCCGUUGCUUGGCAAAUUUGAUGGAGGCUUUGCCUGCCAGUGUUGCGAACGUCGUCUAUGGAAGCGCCGUCCCUGUCCUGUGCCAAAAACUUCUCGAAAUUUCUUUUAUCGAUUUGGCAGAGCAGGCCCUGAGCACAUUGGAAAAGAUAUCGGUCGAAUAUCCUGCCAGUAUCGUUCGUGAGGGUGGCCUUACUGCUUGUUUGUCUUAUCUCGACUUUUUUGCUACCGGCACGCAGAGAACUGCCGUUACUACCGCAGCAAACUGUUGCCGCAACAUCCCCGAAGACUCUUUCCCAGUAGUGCGAGAUGUUAUGCCUACACUUCUCAACGUUCUCAAUAGCAGUGAUCAGCGGGUCGUGGAGCAGGCCUCGCUUUGCGUUUCUGGCAUCGUCGAGAGUUUCAAGUACCAACCCUCCAAACUUGAGGAACUUGUUAGCGUCGACCUUCUUCGAGGUGUGCUGCGACUUCUUGUUCCCGGUACGACCAACAUGAUUGGCUCCAGUAUCCAUACACAAUUUCUCCGAGUUUUGGCAUUCACUGCGCGAGCUAGCCCUCGUCUUUCCGCAGAGCUCUUCAAGCUUAAUGUGGUAGAGACAUUGUAUCAAAUUCUGACUGGGGUUUCACCACCCAGCGGUACCGAAGAUGUUGCCUCCAAACUGGACAGUGUUAUAAUCAUGCAGGCUCUAAUCCAUCGGCCCCGAGAUCAGAUCAUUGAGACGCUCAAUGUCAUUUGCGAAUUACUACCUAACCUACCACGAAAUGCAGAUCCCUCAUAUGGUGAUUUUGUCGAACUUCAAGCCUCGGCAGAUCCUACAAACUCGGCAGCCAGUGGGGGAAGGAACCGCAGGUCUACGAAUGAGAAGCGCAUUGAGCUUCUUGAAGAGUGCAAAGACGAAGUUCGCCGAUUUGCGCUCAUCAUCUUCCCUACUUUGACGGAUGCGUUCUCCAGUACUGUCAACUUGAGCGUCCGCCAAAAAGUCCUCACAGCACAAUUGAAGAUGCUCUCGAAUCUUGAUGAGGACAUCUUGGUUGAGGCGCUUACUCCGGUACCUUAUGCCUCUUUCCUCGCUUCCAUUCUUUCACAACAAGACCACGCAUCUCUGGUUAUGCUUGGUCUGCAAGCGGCCGAGCUGCUACUAAGCAGACUCGACAAGAUCUACCGGUAUCAAUUCUAUCGCGAAGGAGUCUUUCUUGAGAUCACCAAGAUUGCUGAGGAGGAAGACGCAGUUGAAGAGAAGCCAGGCAAGGGUGAAAAACAGGAGUCUCAGGGCGAACAAGACAACGAACAGUCCUCAGACCAGGAAUCUGAGCAUGAGGAAGACGAAGAAGAUGAGGAACGCGAGUCCUCUGAUGAUGAGGACGAAGACGAAGAGCAUGAUAACGAGAAUGGCGAGGCGCAGAAUGAGGAUAUGUCCCCUGUUAGCUCCCGGGGAUCUACCAUGUCUCUCGAGGUCCCUCUCCAUCGUCUUGUCUCCGACGUGCGAUCCAUGAAAUCUCGAACUCGAGACGUCGCCAAGAAGUUCUUGGAGACCCAUGAGACUGAAGGCCAUGGCCAGGCUAUGAAGCUCAAGGCAACAGCAAUCCUUGAUGCUCUUUCAGAUUUGGCUGGUGAGCUUGAGGCCUUCUAUCUCAAGCCGAUGCCCAGCAACGUUACGGCCGAUAAAGGAAGGGAACUCUUCACCAAGCUUGCAUCAUAUUUCGAUACCGACGUCUUGGAAAGUGUUACGAGCGCAGAACUUCUGGCAUCUGGUCUUGUCCGUGUGCUUCUAGAGGUUUUCAGCAACCCAGAUGAGAAACUGGCCCGUGCCGCCCAGUCAACGUUCCUAGAAGUCUUCAUGGCAUACACCGUCAAAGCGAAGCCAAAAACUGCAACUGCAGAAUCUCCGGCAACGCCUUUCAGCGUCAUGAUUCACAAGCUUCAGGACUUGCUCAGUAGGUCAGAGCAUUUUGAGGUUAUUACGGUGCAUCACAACACAUUUGACGGCAACCACAGUAGUCCUGCUUCCAUGCUUGGGAAGCAGAUUCGACUUCGUCUUGUUGCCGAUGAUGAAUCCGAAAUACCUCGACCUUAUCGUAAUAUAAUGGUGUCAAUUCAUGCCAUCGCGACUUUCAAAUCCCUUGAUGACUAUUUACGGCCUAGGAUCAGUAUCAAUGAGCGAUCUCGUGGCUCCGCCCGCAGGGAUGGAGUUGCUCGAGCACUUGCCGCUAUGGCAAACAGCGCGGGUCUUCCUCUGAGUAGCGCAGCAGCAGCCCGUCUAGCAGCAGCUGAACGAUCAGGCCCUUUCUCGGGACCUCCGAUACCGCCGCCGCCUGCUGUUGCUACGCCAUCUGGCUCCCAAGCACUUCGCAAAUCAAAGUCACAGGCUGCCCCUGCCACACCAGACCAAUCUGCUGGGCCGUCUCGCGAUAAAGGGGCGCUGAGACGCUCUUCAAGACGGCAUGGCGCCGCUAAUACACCCCCGGCGCCUCGGCCUCCGCCUGUUGAUGACGAGGAAAUGCAAGAUACACUAGAAUGCGCCGACGAGAAGCAGCUGACUGAUGACGAUGACGUCGGAGACAGCGGUGCAUUGGAUGCCAUUGUUGGUGAGCUCGAAGAAGACAUGCAAGAGGAAUCGACGCCUGAGGAUACUUCUGCUGUCAACAUGGAGGUCGCUACUGGCGGCCAUGUCACCGCACGCAAGGAAGAUGGCACUCGAAUCGCGACACCAACUGGAUCUGGUGUACCUAGCCGUGCGGGUGGACCCUCAGUUGGCUCUCAAGGCACACCUACUCCAGCCUUGUCAUCGUCGAGGCCAAUGUCUUAUGCGUCCGCUCUCCAGGCAGUGCCCCAAGAUUGGCACAUCGAGUUCAGUCUUGACAACAAGCUGAUCCCCAAUGAGACUACCAUCUACCGCGCUGUCCAUACUUCAGCUUCUAACUCAGAUGAGCAUCUAAGCAGAAGCAUCUGGUCAACUGUGCACCCAAUCAAGUUCAAGCGUGUACCUGGGCCACCUCCUGCGGAAUCUCUUUCAUUUUCUUCAAACACGGAAGCUGAUGGUGAAGAUGAACAUGGAAUCCCCGCUUCCCUUGCCAAGAACCCAACAACGUCAUCAAUUUUACGCCUAUUAAACAUUCUUCACGAUCUCAACUCGAACAUUGAAGAUGUUUUGAUUGAGAAAAAGAACAGCGUUAUUGGCCUGAAUGUUGAGCCGUUAUCACAGUUCGUCAACACGAAACUCACAGCGAAGUUGAAUCGUCAGUUGGAGGAGCCCUUGAUUGUUGCCAGCAACUGUCUACCUAGUUGGGCGGAGGAUUUAGCUCGCCUUUAUCCCUUCCUCUUCCCAUUUGAGACUCGACAUUUAUUCCUUCAAUCUACAUCUUUCGGAUAUGCCCGAUCAAUGGCGAGGUGGCAGAAUACCCAGUCUGCGGAGGACAACCGAAGAGAUCGAAAUAACGAACGGCCAUUCCUCGGUCGCCUUCAACGACAAAAAGUUAGGAUCUCACGUCAGAAGAUCCUUGAAUCGGCCUUGAAAGUCAUGGAGCUAUAUGGUGCUUCACAGAGUAUCCUAGAAGUGGAGUAUUUCGAGGAGGUGGGCACUGGUCUUGGUCCCACUCUCGAGUUCUACUCAACAGUCUCGAAAGAGUUCUCAAAGAGGAAGCUCAAACUCUGGCGCGAGGUCGAUUCGAACGGCUCUGAUGAGUUUGUGUCUGGAGCCACUGGGCUCUUCCCUCGGCCGCAGAGCGAUGAAGAGGCUGGGACACCUAACGGAGAGCGGAUUCUGCAUCUUUUCAAGAUGCUUGGAAAGUUUGUUGCGCGGUCCAUGAUUGACUCCCGAAUCAUCGAUCUUCACUUCAACCCCAUCUUCUUCCGCAUUGGGGAUGCAGUUUCAUCUGGAGUCAAACCAUCAUUGGGGGCUGUGAAAAUUGUCGAUCCUGUCCUUGCUCGUUCAUUGAAGGCCAUCAAGCAGUUUGCCUUGGCCAAGAAGGAAAUCGAUGAAGACCCCAAUCGUACACCAGCACAAAAGGUUGCUGACACACAAAGCAUUACUAUCGAUGGCGUCAAGCUUGAUGACCUUUGUCUCGACUUCACUUUGCCAGGUUAUCCUAAUAUUCAGCUGGAGGAUAAUGGUUCCCAGAAACGAGUUACUAUUGACAAUGUGGACUCGUAUCUGGAGAAGGUCAUUGAUAUGACUCUUGGGUCUGGUGUUCGUCGCCAAGUUGAUGCCUUCCGUGCUGGAUUCUCACAGGUAUUCCCCUACUCUGCACUGAGUGCUUUCACGCCAGAUGAGUUGGUCACCUUGUUUGGCCGUGUAGAUGAGGACUGGUCACUUGAGACUCUCCUUGAUUCGAUCAAGGCCGAUCAUGGUUACAACAUGGAUAGCAAGACCGUCAAGAAUCUGCUCCAUACAAUGAGCGAAUUUGAUGCUUCGCAGCGCCGUGACUUCUUACAAUUCACCACUGGAAGUCCGAAGCUCCCCAUUGGAGGAUUCAAGUCUCUGACACCUAUGUUCACUGUGGUCUGCAAACCAAGUGAGCACCCUUAUACGUCCGACGACUACCUCCCUAGUGUCAUGACGUGUGUCAACUACUUGAAGCUUCCAGACUACUCUACCAUUGAGAUCAUGAGGAAGCAGCUUUUCACAGCAGUCAAGGAAGGCCAGGGAGCGUUCCAUCUGUCGUAGAUUGGUUUAUCUUCCGAAGUACUGCACAACACAAUGCCUAGGGCCUCUCAUGGCACCUGAGCAACAGAACGAUGACAACGACGCUCUUUUCUUGGACGACUUGGCAGGAAAAGUUUUUAUAUUCGCUUGAUGCCCCUGAUGAAACAAUACGCCCCCACGAAGGACCGAAAUGAUGGAAAUAGACAGGGCAUCUGACGUGGCGCCCACAGUAACACAAUAUUGCAUGGCUUGGGGGACGGCGCAGGACUUGUUUUUAUGAGAAGCACAGGAACGGCAUGGCAUAUUUUUGAAGCCUCUUCCCAAGGAACAACGAAGGAGAGGCAGGGCAAUGAUUAAGAUACCGCCUUUAGGCAAAGUAGUUAUAGAGAUGAAAUUGUGUGUUUGCCUAUCCUUAUCUCAACUCCACAGUGGCUACGUAAAUACUAUUCGUGUUUCGCGUUAUUAGUUGCGUUGAUUAUUGACGACAGA